CAAUAAUGUGUCUGAUAAAGCGUCAGGCCUUUCCUGUGUCAGCCUGCACAUAGCUGCAACCAGGACACAACCUCAGUCAGUGACUCCGCAUAAAACUGCCAACUGGGACACCAGCCAACAUGGAACACUCUGAGGCAUUCUCUCCAGCCGACAACAUGGGCUUUGGGAACCUGUCAGAUGAGUUGAACCAGUGAGCAGACAGAGAGAACUAUGUGGUACUAUAGAGACCAGAGAACUACGAUGAACACUGUGUUCUGAGAGAGAAGACGACAGACGCUUCCACUGUUGGCCCUUCUACAGGGGGCACCAAUGCUGUGGUCAGAAAUUGAGGGACCCACCACCACUACUACCGAGCUUCACCACCACCCCUCUGACCAGCAACACAAAGUCCCAUAGGAGGAACCCGGAAGUGAAGCAGGAAGUAAGCGGCAGUGGCAGCAGAAGGCAUGCUGGGAUGUGGGGGCGGGGCCAAGCUGCGCCACAGUUUGACGGUGGCCUCGGGAUUCGUUGAAAACCUGUGUUUCUCGGGGAUAGCGUACGGCUGGGCGUCGCUGGUGUUCAUCCUUAAGAACGACGGCUACUUCAGUGACCUCUGUGACAUCACUGCCAACGCCACUGAUCCCGGUGACAUUAUCACGUUGUCAGGGGAGCGGCCCAGUGAUAACAUCACACAGUCAGACUGUAGUGGGCAGGAUGAACAGUUCUCUCUGGUCUUCACCGUCGCCUCCUUCUCCAUGAACUUCCUGCGUUUCCCUCUGGGCUUCCUGUUUGACCGCUUCGGCACCAUGGCGACCAGGCUCCUGGCCACAUGUCUGUACACCACGGGGACCUUGUUGAUAACUGUCUCCAGUCCAGAGCAGUCAGCGUUGCUGUUUCCUGCCAUCUCGUGCCUGAUCACAUCUGGAAUGUUGUUCUACACCACCAAUGCUCAGGUGGGGAACCUGUUCGACAGCCACCGUUCCACAGUCAUAUCGGUCUACGCCGGAGCCUUCGACUCCUCCGCCGCUGUCUUCCUCAUCAUCAAGUUUUUGUAUGAAAGAGGGGUCUCUUUCCACUCCUCCUUCCUCGUUCUCUCUGUCUGCAGCGUCAUCCACGUCUUCCGGACGUUCUUCCUCAUGCCCAAGACCCACAUCCCCUACCCACUCCCCGACAGAUACGCUUACGGGGUGAGCUGCGGUGGCCGGCGUUGGGAGAGAGGGGGAGAGAGAGGAGAAAAGGACGGAGGAGGAGCAGAGAGAAAAGGAGAUGUGAAUGCCAGAUAUCAGAAGAAUGCUGUGUUACAGAAGGCUGACAGAGCCCCGCUGCAGUUGCAGGACAAAGCAGGACCUUCCAGACCCGAUCAGCCUGAGAGAGUUACCAGUUUUAGGAGUUGUGUCCUGUCCUGGUUCUUCCUGUGGCACCUGGUCUGGGUGGCUGUCAUGCAGUUCUGUCACUUCCUGUUCAUCUGGCCAACAGAGACCAACUACUUCAAUCUCUGUCUCUGUUUCUUUCUUUCAGUGAGUCAGUACACCAAUGCCUUUGCCUUCACCCAGCUCUGUGGGGUCCUCUGUGGUCCCUGGAAUGGCCUCAUCAUGGACAGACACAAGGGGAAGCCACUGGCUCCAGGAGAGACGAAGCAAGAAGCCGACCUGCGCUCCUCUUCUCUCUCCCUCUUCCUCACCUCCCUCCAGUGCCUCCUCUUCUACGUCUGCGUCUCCUCUCCUCUCCUUCCUCUCCAGUACCUCACCUUCAUCCUGCAAGUCCUCAACAGUGCCUUCAUCUAUGGUGGACACCAAGCCUUCCUCACCAUCGCGUUUCCCGGCUGCCAUUUUGGUAAGUUGUCUGGUCUGACAACAUCUCUGUCAGCUGUGGUUCUGCUGCUCCAGUUCCCUGUUCUACACCUCAUCAGAGAGUUGCUGCAUGGAGACCCUAUCUAUGUGAACGUGGGUCUGACCCUCCUCACCCUCCUCACCUUCAUCCACCCCCUCCACGUCCACCUCCACUGCCGCUCUCUAGCCAGUCAGAGGAGGGCUAGGACCGAACAGGAAGUGACAAACUCAGGGUCAGAGGUCACCUGCAACAGGCUGGUGGGGAUGUGACGACAACCAACAACAGUAGUGGUGCGUCUCAAUAGUCUAAAGUCGCUUCCUCUCCUUGUCUCCUUUCUUUGAUAACAUUGAUCUGAUAAAAUUGGUGGAAAACAGGGUCUGUGUCCCAAAUAGUGCCCUAUCCCCUACAUGAGGCAUUACUUUUGAUGGGCCCUGGUUAAAAGUAGUGCCCUAUAUUAGGGAAUAGGGUGCAUUGGGGCACAAACAGGUGCCUCUGUAGGAUGCCUUCCCUUCGCCAUCUUGCUUUCACUUGUCCGAUGUAGGUGAAGGAGAGGAGACGAGGAGAGAAAGCAUCUUUAGACUGUUGGGCUGCAUCCAGGACAAGUGCCACUACAUCAUGGACAUUGCCACUGACUGUUCAAUGCAGGGCAAAGGAGGACAGUGACCAAAGUGAAGACCUACUGUAAUGUGUGUGUUAACCUGUCUGAUUGUAAUAAAGAAUACAACUAAACUGUGAAACAACAAAGUCCAAAGUAUAGUUUAGGUUUCAAUGGUCAAAAUAUCAAUCACAAUGGGUUAAAUAUGUGGCUCCCAAGUGACGCAGUGGUCUAAGGCACUGCAUCUCAGUGCUAGAGGCGUCACUACAGACCCUGGUUUGAUCCCGGGCU